AUGAUGCACUUCAACUUACAACAAAUUCCACCAAUCGUUGAGCAGAAACGAAAACACGAGCCCAAGGAGACGUCGCCCGUAGUGGACAGACUGCGACUGCAGCUCAACCGUACGGUGCGCAGAACUGUGACGGAGACCGUGGACGCUGUUUGGGUGGCCUUCUCGGAUGAACUGGCACAGCUAACGUUUAACGGUCCGCCCACCGCACCUGCUAUGGACGACUACGAACUGUUUUACGACUGCUGCAGCCGACUGACCAAGUUCAUCGAGAAGAAUAUGGACACGACACCCGGGUUUUUAGAGCAGAUGGACCGCCUCAUCUUCGCAUGCCACUAUGGCGCCCCGGGGUCGGCGGUGCGCUUCGCCAUGACGAAAGAUCUGCGCAUCCGUAGAGGCAAGGCGAACAACGGAAAAGAGCAUGUUAGCAUCAAGACGGAUCAUUUAAUAGCAGGUGAGAGUGAGCAACCGGUGAUUUCACCGCCGAGUGGUACACGUGGAAUGGAGGCUUCCAACGAGGAGUCCGAGGCGACUACUACAGUUGGAACGGAAUCGAGGCAGUGGACGAGGAAAAGACUGUCGACGACGAGCCAUUCACCACCAAGACUGCCUCCGUCGAAAAGAGCGAAACGAUCGUCGGCUUCGGAUUUGGGACGGGGUAAAGAUGGAAACCACGAGGAAAUGGCGACGAAGAAAAGUGACAAAGAGAAGAAGAGAACGAGCACCCGAACUUCGCCAAUGCAACAGAAUGUUGGUCGACGCACGUCGCGACGAAUGACUUGUGUUCAUCGACAGGUGAAUGGUGUUGAAGAUGAUCAGAGAAAUGAUCGGAAGACAACGAAAUCGCGGAGUGGUCGUUGUGUUCGUCGACCGGUGAACGGUGUUGGGGAUGAUCAGGGGAAUGACCGGGAGACAACGAAGUCGGGGCGUGAUCGUUCUGCUAGUUCAAAGCGUCAAGAAUCUCUCCAAGCUGAAACUGGGAGAAAGGUACGACGAAGCUUGAGACGCUUAUCGAAAUGUACCAAUGAUUCGCGUAAAUCCACCGAGUCCAAUGAAGACUACCAGACACGAUCAAAAGCAAAAGAUGAAGCGAAGGAUCAAUCUGAAAAAACUGACACGACCGGGUCGGAGCAAGACACUAAUGUGAUCGAGGAAGAUGACCCGGAUACCGACGCUGAACAAGUGGUGCCUCCUGAAAGGGAGAUAACGUCAAACGGGAAGCAGGUUCAUCCAACUAUUGUAUUGGAAUCCCCCUCACAGUGUGCUCUUGAAGUGAUGACAAGGCGAAUGACGUUGCUGGCGUUGAUGAGGGGCCUGAAAGCAGGACCGAAGCGACACACAUUGCUGGCUUGGAGCAAGAGAAUAACGUGA